AUGGCUCCGGCCAUGGAAUCCUCGCACCUGUCCAGAUCUCAUUCGACACCAGAGCUCAUAUCGGUGCACUCCCCUUACCAGUACAGUGGCGAGCAGGAUAGCACGCACAACCACGACCUCGCCCAUAAUGAUCCCCGCCCAGAUACCGAUACCGACCUCGACUUCGACCUCCCCUCGUUCGGCGACCACUUCGAGCUCGACACCUCCCUGACCCUCACACCUCCCUCCCCCCAGCAGAAGGACGAGCCCUUUGAACCCGAGCCGGUGCCUGUCACCAUCGAUGCCCCCCCCGAACCUGCCUCUGACGCUGAUGCCUCCGACGCUGAUGUCUCCGACGCCAACGCCUCCCUCUCCGCCCUCGCUACCAGACCACCUAUACGCCGCUCACGAACGGGCUCCCUUAUGGAUAGGCCCAAGUCGUGGCUCGUCAGCUCCAUGUCCUCCUCCAAGCUCCCACCAGCCCCCUCACCUCUGGCGGAUGAGCACCGGUCUCGGAUGCCCAAUGGCCAGGAAGGAUACGGUGCAGCCGAAGGAAAACCAUCUUCGCGUAAACGACAGGGGUCUCGCCCCCCUUCGUCCGCAUCCUCACGCACCCUGUCCGUGUCGGAGAGCUUUUCCGGCUUCACCAAACGCUCCUGGCUUUCACCCUCCCGCUCCUCAUCCCCCAAACGCAAGGCCAGCCCGAGCAAGGGUGAGCAUCGCGAACGGGCUGAGGACGCGGCUCCUGGCACCGCCGGCACCGGUACCGCUAGCGCCGCACCCCAGCCCGGCCGCCCCCCCACCAAGUCCGAGUCGUCCAAGACCUUUGGCCGCGCCGGCUCCUACUUCAGCAGGAUGAAGCCCAAGAAGCAGCCCGUCUCGAUGAACAAGGUCGGCGGCGCCGCCAUUCCAGUCCCCUUCACCGAUUCCGACAAUGCCAGCUUCGCCUCGUCCGCCAGCCUGGCACCUCCCAUCUCCAACACGACCGAUACUCAGAACUCCCAAUACACGUCACACGACGGCAGCACCGCCGCCAGCGACGACUCCUCAAGUGACAUGUCGAGACUGUCCCAGAACAGCGACCCGCUGUGGUCCUCGUUCAAGACGCUCGAGGUCGAGCACAAGAACUUCGCCAGCAAGUCGGUGCCCCAGCGCAUCGUUCAGAUCCAGAACAUCGUACUGCCCUUCCUGCGGAAUACCAUGGACCACUCCUCCACCCAGAGGCUGCUGCCCACCGACCUGGACCGCAGGGCCACCGUCCUCGGCAGCUGGUGGACCAGCCUGCUGGAGAUGGUCGACGGCGUCGGCCUGAGCUCCGUCCCCGGCGUCGACCGGCCCCUGAUGCUCGAGACCCUGACGACGCUGAUGCUGCGGUCCGAGUGGCGCCAGACCACGACCAACUUCCUGCCCCUCAACCAGCGACCGCACAGGGAGCGCGUCAGGCUGAGGAAGCGGCCCACCGGUAGCUCCGACGACUCCUUCCUGGACGAUUCGGCCGAGCACAACGUGAGGACCAUGUUCAUCACCAACAUCGCCAAGCAGCUGGCCUUUGCCGUCGACAAGAUGACCAUGCGCUACUGCGCCCCGGCCCUCGUCACCUUUGCCGGCAAGACGUGCGCCUACGCCUACUUCUUCCUCCCGGGAGCCGCCGAUAUGCUCGUCCGCCUCUGGGGUCUCAGUCCCGGCCUCAUCCGCCGCGCCGCCGAUGAGCUCGGUCUGCCGCGCAAGGAUGGAGGCGAGAGCGACGAGCUCGCAUCUCUCUUCCCCCCCAGCCUGGCACAUCUGGGCUGGACGUCGCCCAUGACCACGUGGGAGAUGCUCAAGAGGAUCCCGCAGCUGCCCAUCAUCAUCUCGAGGGUCGCCUGGACGGGUCCGUGGAUGUCGCGGUGGAAGGGCCGAGACACGGAUCUGCUCUUCGUCUUCUACAAGCAGUUCCACAUCCUGGCCGACGACUUCAUCCCCGCGGGGCUGCCGCUCAAGGAGAAGGCCCGGUCCCCCGGCUUCGCCCUGGUCCACGCCCAGCUCCUGUCGGUGCUGGACGACACGAUCCACCGCCAGGCCGCCAUGUGCGGGCCGGCCGUGAUGGACGCCGCCCUGCCCGGCGCCGACGCGUCCGCCAUGGCGAUGCCGAUGCCGCCGACCAACCUGAUGAAGGGCAUGGCGGAGAACAGCCUGGUGCUGCUGCUCAGGGACAUGCUGACGGACGAGAACCUCGACAGGGACGGCGCGCAGCACACGUUUGCCGAGGCCUGCUUCGCCAUGGUCAAGGCGGCGGUGCGCAAGACGUCGCAGUACGACAACCCGGCUUGCUUCACGCUGUGCGACUUCCUCGAGGAGGCCCUGGCCAUCUACAGCAACUUUGAGGAUCACGUCGGGUCGAGAAAGUACAUUGACUGGCCCUUCUGGGUCGACGUCUUCAGGAGGAUCUUCUCGUCGCUCAACACCAUGUCCGAGGUCCGCAUGCUGUCCUUCAUCUACACCAUCUGGGACAUGGCAGCCAGGGACCGCGAGAGGAAGGCCAACAUCUGUCUCGACUGGCUCCUGACCGAGGAGGUCUUCUCCACCUUCUUCACGCACUGGUGCCCCAUGGUGCGCGCCUACUACCACCGCCUGCUGUGCUGGAGGAUCUGCCGUUUCGAGGGCGGCGCCGACGAGGUGGAUGCCAAGAUCUUCAGGGUCGUCGCCGACCGGCUGAGGACGACGUGGGCCAACUACCUGUACCUCAAGCAGACGGCCGAGGCGGCGGGCCGCAGCCCCCCGUCUACGGCCCCCAUGGUGCCGACGCCGGGAAAGAAGUUUAUGAUCAUCCGACACGAGGUAAACCAGCCGCAGCCGGGCCUGUUUGUCAACUUUGAUUCGCUAUCGCGCAGCUCGGGAGGCAACGUCCUCUCGGCCGACGACAUCGCCGGGCUCUCGACGCCGAAAUCCGAGUCGAAGAAGAAGACGUCCUUGCUGGGCAAGGUGCUCUCCUUCACCAGCGGCGGACAGUCAUCGGCCAAGGCCCAGAACCAGAGCCGGAGCCAGAAGGGCACGUGGGAUGACGACUUCGCCACGGCCCGUCGCGUGACGGCGGAGCAGAGGUCGCGCGGCGGCAGCAGCCUGGCGUCGAAGCUGUCUGGGACGUCGCCGACGCCCAGCGAGUCGGACUCGACCUGUUCGGAGCCGGUGUACGACGAGCAAAAGUACAUCUUCAAGUUCUUCCUGGCGUGGCACCAACCGCCCGUGUCGCCGCGGGAACGCAUGCUGACCCGUCCUCGUCUCCCCGCUCCCACGCAGGCCGUGGUGAGCCUGGAAGCUGGUGAGGUCGAGGCCGAGUCUGAAGCAGACGAUGAGAACUCGAGCAAGAGCGAUGCGAGCGACGAGGACCAGGAUCAGCAGCAGCAGCAGCAGCAGCAGCAGCAGCAGCAGCAGAUGACGGAACCCAUCAAGCCGCUGGGUAUCUCGGCGAGAAACGCAGCCUACUGCGGCCGAUCCCUGUCAGAGUGGGCGCAGGUGGUGUGGGAAUGCAACAGCUUCGUCGACAGGCGGUGCGACGAGGGUGUCCCGUCUCUGGGGGAGGUUGAGGUCCCCGUGCUCGGGGUGGAGAGCCUCCGGAAGCUGGGUAGCUAG